UCUACCUAUCCCAUACAGGAAUGUUAUUACCGCAUUUCGAAUGAAGGCUUUCUGUAGGACAUCACGCCGCGCAUGUGCAGUUAGAUUUCCGUUCAACGACCAACAGUUUCGGCUAGUGGCAGAUAUUUCAUUUCGUAGUCGUGUGUCAGCUAAUCACCCAAAAUGUCGAGCAGAAAGACCAAGGCCAAGACCACCAAGAAAAGGGCCCAGCGCGCCACUUCCAAUGUCUUUGCUAUGUUUGACCAAGCCCAGAUCCAGGAGUUCAAAGAAGCUUUUAAUAUGAUCGACCAAAACCGAGAUGGUUUUAUUGACAAGGAAGAUUUACACGAUAUGCUUGCAUCAAUGGGUAAAAGUCCAACAGAAGCUUACCUUGAUGAAAUGAUGAAUGCUGCUCCUGGACCAAUUAACUUCACAAUGUUUCUCACAAUGUUUGGAGAGAAACUGAAUGGAACAGACCCUGAAGAUGUCAUAAAAAAUGCAUUUGCUUGUUUCGACGAGGACAGUACAGGUCUCAUUCCGGAGGAGAGGUUAAGGGAGCUGUUGACCACCAUGGGGGAUAGGUUUAAUGAUGAAGAUGUUGAUGAAAUGUUUCGGGAUGCACCCAUCAAGAGGGGUAACUUUGACUACAUAGAGUUCACACGGAUUUUGAAAUACGGGAAAAAGGAAAACGAUGAAUGAACUUCUGGUGCUAUUUACCUUUGGAACAACACCUUUUAAAACACUCGGAAAACAAGAGGGGCAUUGACAAUACUUUAGGCUUGUCCUCAGUGGACUGAUAGAAAGCACAGGUGUACCUUCUUUGUCCUUAGCUCAUAAAGGAAGAUACUGGACUUCAUAAUCCCCAUAUUAUGAUUAUUUGUCUAUCUUAUGAUUGUAUACGUAGAUAGAAUGUAUGAGGCUUUCACUUUGCCUUUGUCAAUCAAAACUAUUGUAGUCUUUAUCUUUACUCCUGACCCCUGAUGAAGCAGAGAUAUUGGGUGUGAUGUAGCUUGUGUUGCUGCAACUGAAUCAGUUCUCGCAUGACUAUUUCACAUGUAGCCUUUAUUCUCUGCUUCUUCAGAGAAAUAUAUAUUUGUGUUCGUUCUAAUCCCAGUUAGUUCAUUUACACUCUGUUCCGUCAUGUCUCAUUCUAUGCUUCAUCCGUCAUGAAGAUCUGUUGUGUACCAAUUGUUCAAGACUGCCUGUCAUCCUACCCAGCCCUGUAACUAGAGAACAGAAUAGUCCGACAAUACCAGGUUAUGACUGAGGGUGACAUGGUUAGAUGGGUAUGAUGAUUUCGUGGUAACUGUACCGGAUAUGGUUAUACCUUUAUUUUUUGUGAAUCACUCCUGCAUGUUGGUACAUCUCUCUCUCUCUCUCUCUCUCUCUGUCUUGCUGAUCUUUGUUUGUACCUAUCAUGAAGUCAUAUCACUAGAGGUUAAGAUUACCAACACUAUUGGACUCUGAUACUCGUAUUAACAAGUACUACGCAGUUCUGGAACAGGAUGACUUUUUCUUACUUAAUAAUGUGAACUUCAUAUAAUUCAUUUCAAAGUUUCGAAAACACGCCUGCUUGAUUUCAAUGCAUAUUCUUUAGAGAAUUUCAACUAUCAUUGCCUGAAGUAGUGAAAGCUAUGCAGUGUUAUUCUGGUCUCUCUAUUCUUUAAUUCCCAGUGUCAUUUGAUUCAUAAUUAUGAAUGGUGCCUCAGCCUGAUUUGAUUCCCUUCAUCUUUCAAGUUUCUUUUGUUGAAAUUGAAAUUGUCAAGUUUUUAAUGCAAACAUUCCAUGUUGAAGUAAUUUUUCCACACUGAGGUAAUAAUUACCUGUAAGUGCUUCAUUUUCUGAUGUUGAAUCAAUUUGUUGACUGGUUUUCGGGAUCAUGUGCAUAUGCUCUGUGAUUUGUUUUAAGUACAACCCUUUGAGGGACCAACUGCUUUGAUUACAAGAUGCAUUUUUUCUGAACAAAACAUUGUUGCACAUCAUAUGGUAUUCCAUAUAUUACCAUUUUAUAUUUACUGAAUAAAAUUUUGCUUAACAAAA